AUGGACCUAAUACAGCAGGAAAUUACCAGCAUCUCGUGGAUGGAACAAAAGUUAAGACAACCGAGGAAGUUUCUUGGAUUCUAUCACGCCAACCUCGUCGUCUCCAAAACUCUCUUUUAUUUUCCUCAGUUACUCCCGAAGACUUACCUCUCCACUCCUGUUGCCUUUCCUUUUUCAUCGAGAUCCUGUGGGAUCCUGGGUACCUCGGCUGCUAUUCAUAGAAUCACGGAAAGCAGAGAAAUUUUGUCGCGAAUCAUGCAGGAGGAAUGCUGCUGGUUCGCCACUCAAUCCAGAUGUUCCAGGAUUUCGGAUGACGUCGUGAAUUGCACGGCUUUUCUGGAUUGCUCUCAUCACGCAAGAAAUAAAGAGUGGUACUAUCAAAACAAAACGAUGACCCAUCCGUCGGAAGAGCUGCGUCAACGAGAGAAUUAUGACUCUUUCGUCAGCGAAAGAGGUGAUGGAAGUUAUGUAAUAAUCGGUACAUCUGCCGAUGGAAAUCGAAACAACAGCAGUGGUACCGAGGACGAUGAAUUUGCUAAUGAAACUCGUAAGCAAAUGACUUUGAAGGUGGAGAACACUGGCCCUUCGAAACAUUCGAGCUUUACUUCCGAGAAGAAUGAUGGAAACGUUUGACAAGAUUACUUCUUCAUAACGUUUUAUAAAGAAAUAUCAAUCUUUAUUGGUAAGAGUGACAUUUC